AAUUUAUCCUCAGAAUUAAACUCAUUUUUAUCUUGUACAUUAUGCUUUAGGCUAAUUCAAUGCACUAAAAUUACACUUUCUCGAUGAGUCAGUGAUCUUGCUCAAAAAAGUAACUAAUAGUGACAUAUAAUUUGCAAGCGUUUCAAUAAAAUGGCCGAGUAUUUGGCCUCAAUUUUUGGGACAGAAAAAGAUAAGGUGAAUUGCUCCUUCUACUUUAAAAUAGGAGCUUGUCGUCAUGGUGAUCGCUGUUCUCGUAUCCACAAUAAACCUACCUUUUCUCAAACAUGUCUCUUACAAAAUUUAUACGUAAAUCCGCAGAAUUCAGCUAAAUCCGCCGACGGAAGUCACUUGGUUGCAAAUGUGUCGGAUGAGGAAAUGCAGGAGCACUACGAUAAUUUCUUCGAGGAUGUGUUUGUGGAAUGUGAAGACAAAUAUGGUGAAAUUGAGGAGAUGAACGUUUGUGACAAUUUGGGUGAUCACCUAGUCGGUAAUGUUUACAUUAAGUUCAGACGUGAGGAAGAUGCGGAACGGGCAGUCAAUGACCUGAAUAAUCGUUGGUUUGGCGGACGGCCUGUCUACGCUGAGUUAAGUCCAGUCACCGACUUUCGUGAAGCUUGUUGUCGCCAGUACGAAAUGGGAGAAUGCACUCGCUCUGGCUUUUGCAAUUUUAUGCAUUUGAAGCCGAUAUCACGCGAACUGAGAAGAUAUUUAUAUUCGCGCCGUAAGCGUGGUGCGGGUGCCCCACCCACAGGGCGACGUUCACGAUCUCAUUCACCUCGUAGACGGUCUCGUUCAAAAGGUCGCAGUCGAUCCCCACGCCACAGACGAAGUGGGAGGUAUUAAUUGAGUAAUGAGCAUUUUUAUGUAUAAUUUGUUUUGACUUUUCAAAUGGUAAUACCUUAUUUUGAUAAUAUAAAAACAUACUUCCCUGUAUCAGUAGCUUUUAUUGGUCUUCUUUCUGAAAUAAAUAUAAUUUUAAUGUCCAAA